UUUUUGAGAAUUGUUUGGGGCGGAUUGCAGGUAAAUCCGGGUUUAUGGUUCAUUUCCAAUCUAUCCAUGUUUAUCCUGUUUACUACUUUUAUUUCAUUUUAAUUUUUUUGAAGAAAAGAUACUGGACUUUUGCCUGAUUAUGUUGUAGCACAUUAUGGCUUUCCAAAUUUUGAGACUUUUAUGAAAUCUGAAAUGAUGAAGGAUUAUGUAAGAUUGCAAAUAAUUGAAGGAAAGCAUUGUUUUUUGCCGCAAAAUUGUGAAAGAUUUGCCCAUAUACGGAAUGAGCAGGAAAUUGAGAGAGCUGCGACUUUGUUGGCUCAAACUCGGGAAGAAAAUGAAAAAUUAUGUCGUGCACUUUUACCAGAAAAUAGAGAGGCUACAUUAAAAGGACGCAAAUUAAUUUCGGAAUUGAUUUAUGAAUUGGGAGGACAAGAUAACCCUGUUAGUUGGACAUCAGUUCAGAAGAAAUAUAAAGAAAAAUAUAAUGAGGAAUUGGCUGGAGAGGCUCUUAAACGCAUGUUUACACGAGACAAGGCUAUCAAAAUCCUUGAGACGCUGUUUAACUAUGAAUUGAAAUUAUUCCAAGCUAAUUUGCCUGGACAUUUUUUCUUACAAUUAAAAAUGCCGUACAAUGAUCUUUUAAAUUACUACGAGACAGAAUUACAAAAUCAUAAUGAAGCUAAAGCCCAAAUGAAGAAUGUUGCUGGAAGAGCUUUGCGUCCAAAGGGGAAUUAUCCUAAACAACCAAAGGUUUUUCCAACUGGCCCUCUUUAUCCUACUUUUGUUCCGCCACCGCCACCUGCUCAACCUACUAAAAAAUCUUUGGAUGUUCCAACUACUGGUGGGCAGACAAAUAAUGUUAAUAAUAAUGUUUCUACCUCAAAUCAACCAAGUUUGCCGACUACUUCUAAUGCUGCACCUAAAAAGUAUUUUUUUGUUUCUUUGGUUUAUGUUGAGGGUGAGAUAUUGAAUCUUUGCUAAAAUGGGUUUUAGCCUUCCCUCUUUAUUUUUUCUUCGCUCAUCUACUUUGUGGUCAAAUGUCUCUCAUUGCUUUUCCUCACUUUAUUACUAUUUUUUGAUAAUUUUCUAUUCAAUAUUUUUGUUUUUGCGAUAAGUUUAUGGGGCCCCGUUGAGACAACCCUUUCCCCCGAUAGGUAUAAUU